ACAGGUUUAACAUACAACGAAGAAGCAGUGCACAUUUUGAUGUACAGUUUUAAGAAUAUUUCACUGUAGUUUUACACCAUUUCUUCAGUUGUUUACAGCCAGAAAUGUCAGGAAUACCACCAGAUUCAUGGCAGCCGGCAACGGUUUCACUAGAGACUACAAUGGGAACCAUUGUAUUGGAACUGUACUGGAAACACGCACCUAAAACCUGCAAGAACUUUGCAGAACUAGGCAGAAGAGGAUAUUACAACAACACCAAGUUCCAUCGCAUCAUUAAAGACUUCAUGGUCCAGGGUGGUGACCCAACAGCAACAGGCCGUGGUGGUGCAUCUAUAUAUGGGAAACAGUUUGAGGAUGAACUUCACCCAGAGCUAAAAUUUACAGGUGCUGGAAUCCUUGCGAUGGCUAACGCAGGCCCAGACACUAACGGGAGUCAGUUCUUUCUGACCUUGGCACCCACACAGUGGCUGGAUGGCAAACACAGUAUAUUUGGGCGGGUUUGCCAGGGCAUCGGUGUUCUCAAUCGGAUUGGUAUGGUGGAGACCAACAGUCAAGACCGCCCUGUCGAUGACAUAAAGAUACUCAGAGUCACUCUGCCAAACUGAAACACCUGCCUGACUCAGUUCCUCAAGGUUUCUUAUAUUUUGUACCAUUUUUUUCUAACAAUAAACGCAUGGUUUGUAAUUUGUCA